AUGGGGAACGGACUUACUCGGCUUACAGGUUACAGUCAAAGUGAGAGUAAUGAGUCCAGACUUGAUAUAACAGAGAGGAUUAAUAUGUCCAAACUUCUGAUCGAUGAAAGCAAGCUCGUCUAUGGAUAUGUAAUCAGCAACAGUGACAACACCACCGUUCACCAAGGAUUAUAUAUGGGCAAACCUGUUGCCAUAAAAGUAAUACAGAAAGAAAAAGGAACAAAUGUGAGUCCUUUUCGAAAAGAGAAAUUUCUCAGGGAGGUCAGGUUGCUUGCUGCGGUCAAGAAUGACAACAUUGUGAAGUUUAUUGGGUUCUCCAUGGAACCAUCCAUGACAUUAGUUACAGAAAUUAUGCCAGGAGGCUCACUUCAAAGGCACUUAUUGAGCAUCAGACCAGUCACCCUAGAACACAAGGACGUUUUAGUUUUGGCAUUAGAAAUCUCUCGCGCAAUGGCAUAUUUGCAUGAAAAUGGCAUUAUUCAUCGCGACUUGAAGCCCAGCAAUAUUUUUCUAUCACAAGGCAAGAAGAGUAUGAAGCUUGGGGACUUUGGGGUGUGUAGGCUGGGUCUGGAAGGUGAUUUUUCUGCUGAUGUUGGAAGCAGUCGCUGGAUGGCUCCUGAGGUGUAUAGUAGGGAGCAGCAUGGAAUCGAAACAAUAACGACGAGAUACAAUCAUAAGGUGGAUGUAUAUAGUUUCGCUAUUCUUGUGUGGGAGCUGUUCACAAACAAGACUCCUUUCGAGGGCAUGGAUAGAAACAUGAUUGCACGAGCUGUCAUUAAUAAUGAGAGGCCUAACCUGGAUGAGGAGGCUAUUCCGGACUACAUUCAGUACUUACUGCAAUCCUGCUGGUCAAAUGAUCCACUACGACGACCAGAGUUUAGCGAAAUCUCAGUAUCACUAGAAGAAAUGCUGAACGGAAUUGAGCCCGGUUGGGACAGUAUAGACCCCGGUAUCCUAGCUAGCAGACCUGAUGAGACCGCAACUUUGUUGGGUAAGGCUAAGAAGAUCAGCACAAACUGUGCAGCUGUUGUCCUAGUUGUCAUUCUAUCCACACAAGAGUGUGCUGCUGUUGUCCUAGUUGUCAUUCUAUCCGCACAAGACUGUCCAGCUGUUGGCAUUCGAUCCGCACAAGACUCUGCUGCUGUUGUCCUAGUUGUCAUUCGAUCCGCACAAGACUGUGCUGCUGUUUGCCUAGUUUUCAGUCUAUCCGUACAAGAUUGUGCUGCUGUUGUCCUAGUUUCCGCAAAAAUCGACAUGCAAGCGAGCUUGUGUUUUUUCCUUAAUUCUUAG